AUGCCGCUCCCGGGGGCGCCGCGCCAGGAGCCCGAGCGGGGCCCGGCAGCGCCCCCGGAGCCCCCCGGAGCCCGCGGGACAGCGGGGCCUGCUCGGCCCGCGCUGCCUCCGCGCACGCGCAGAGCGCCCGGCGCGCCAUGUCCCUCCGCCCGCCGCCCCCGGGGCUCUCCCCGCCGCUUUUCGGGGCUUCCUCCCGCUUUUAGGGACUUCCCCCCACUUUUAGGGGCUUCUUCCCGGCUCGUCCCGGCGGCGGGGGACGCGGGGAGAGCGGCGGCUGCGCGCCGGCGGAGCUUUGUGUUGUUCUUGGAAAGUUUCGCUCCACUUGUGAAUUCCCUGAACCUUGGCCUUGCCAGCCCCCUUGUGUUGGGCCCUCCUCCUUUUCAGCUUGCCCAAAUUAAGACCCACUUGGCUCUCCAGCGCUUGGCUGCCGGCGGCGGGCGGGCGCCUCCCCACGCUGGCGUCCGCCAGGCAUUGCUGAAAGACGCAAUGUUUAGCCCCAGAGGAACCUUGCCCCCGAGGCCCAGAGGACCCAACCCGGCGGGCACCAAACCCCCGGCAGCUUUCAGGGCCGGAGGCGCGGCGGGGCCGCCCAGGAAAGCCGCGCCCGCGACGCCCCAAGGAGCGCCCCAGAGAUUCUCGGGGCAGGAGUGGACGGGUUCGCAGAGGAUCAACGUCCGCGUCACGCUGCACAGGGCCGAUCCCAGGAAAGUCAAGGAGAAGAGCGGCCUGCACCAGGAGCAGAAGGGAGACCCGCGUGCCACUCGCUGGGAUGGCGGCCCCUGCCCCGCCGGCACCGCCGGGCCGAAGCCGCCCGGCCCGGCGCCGGUCCUGGAGCACAACUCCAACCCUCAGAACCGCUACACGCCCGAAAGCGCCUCCAGCAUUUUAGCGAGCUUCGGGCUGUCCAACGAAGACCUGGAGGAGCUGAGCCGCUACCCCGACGACCAGCUGACACCCGAGAACAUGCCGCGGAUCCUGCGGGAGAUCCGCAUCCGGAAGAUGGGCCACGCCGUGCCCGGCCUGCACGCUCCGAGCCGGGGGGAAGAGCCGGUGGGCGAGAGCAGCGGCACCGCCGUCAAGAGCAAAGUGAUCGACUACGGCCACGCCAGCAAGUACGGCUACACCGAGGACCCGCUGGAGAUCCGCACCUACAACCCCGAGGCGCUGCCCGAGGAACCGCUGGAAGCGCGCGUCUUCAAUCCCGAAAGCUCGAGCGCGGAGAGCCGGGAAGAAUUCCAGCGGGAGCAGAGCGUGCCGGUGGCCGUCCCGCCGCCCAACGUGCCGUGCAACCCCGUGUUCCCGGCCGAAGACCUCAUCAAGCUGCCGGCCUUCCCCGCCGACUCCUCGCCCGCUCCGUCGUUUUUCCCGGCCGAGCCGCCGGCCAAGGUGCCGGUGCUGUGCAGCGCCGCGCCCGCCGCGCUGCCGGUGGUGAAGCCGGCGUCCCAGCCGCCCAUGCCGCCGGUGCUGCCGCCCAUCCUGCCGGCGCUGCUGCCCACGCCGCUGCCGCAGCCCAUGCUGCCCCCGGUGAUGCCGCCGCUGGUCCAGCCGCCCGUGUCCCAGCACGUGUUGCCGCCCUUGACGCCGCCGCCCUUCUCGGCCGGGCUCCUGGCCGCCAUCAGCCAGCACGAGCAGAAGCAGCGCGACGCCGGCAGCGCCCAUCCCGGGCCCAGCGCCCAUCCCGGGCCCAGCGCCCAUCCCGGGCCCAGCGCCGCCGGCGGGGCCUCGGCGGGACACAAGCCCUACCACAAACCCUUCCACGCGCCGGCACAGGAGCCCAUCAAAUCCCCGUUCGGGGUGGUGAAGGCGUCCUGGCUGCCCGUGUUCCCGGAGCAGAAGAGCAAACGCCUGCCCACCCCGUCCAUGAUGAACGACUACUAUGCCACGUCGCCGCGAAUAUUCCCACAUUUGUGUUCUCUGUGUAACCUUGAAUGCACUCAUAUGAAGGACUGGAUCCUGCACCAGAACAACCCCGACCACCUCGAGAGCUGCCGCAGGCUGCGCCAACACCCGCCGAGCCGCUCUGGAGGCCGUCAUGCGCACGCUGGGCCCGGGUUUCCUGGCCGAGUUCCAGAGGCACAAAUCCCUGCAGGAGUCGCUGGGCAGAGCCCACGGCGUCCCCAGGAAACCCUCACGGCCCGGCCCCAAAGGGCCCCGCAAGGACGGGGACCCCGAAACCCCGGGGCCCACCCCAAAAAGAGACCGGGAGGAGGAGGAGGAGCAGCAGGAGGAGGAGGAGGAGGCAGCGGGGAAGAGCCAGCCCUACAACAGGCUGCUGCGGGAGGAGCUGCUGAGCUGUGGGACGGUGCUGCAGAUCUCGGAUCUGCCGGAUUCGGGAUUUUCCGACCAGGACAUCAAGAAAUUGGUGCAGCCCUUCGGGAAGGUCAGCGACCUCAUCGUGCUGCGCUCCCGCAACGAGGCCUACCUGGAGAUGAACUACAAGGAGGCCGUGAUGGCCGCGGUCAAGUUUGGGGAGACGGCGCCGGUGCUGCUCAACGGGAAACGCGUGCGGAUCAGCGUGGCCGAGAGAGCGCAGGCCAAAAAACCGGUGAAAAAACGAGUCCUGAACCCCAAAAAAACCCCAACAAGCACCAAGAAGGUCCCGAGCACCAACACCAAGAGCCCCAAAGUCCUGACAGGGAAAAAGGAAAAAGUGAAGAAAACGGUGGGAGAGAAGAAAGUGAAGAAAACCUCGAAUGUGGGAGCUCCCCAGGGCCAGAAGGAGCAGAGGAGCCCACGGCAGAGGCAGGGCCAGAGCCUGCGGUGAGCGAGGAACCCACGGACCCCGGCGGGAAGGACCCCGCUGACCCCGAUCCCUGCUGCGUGCUGCUGGUGUCCAACCUGCCGGAUGACCCCGAUCCCGAUCCCUGCUGCGUGCUGCUGGUGUCCAACCUCCCAGCCCGGGGUUACUGCCCAGAGGAAAUCUCCAACCUGGCCAAGCCCUUUGGGGGCCUGCGGGACCUGCUCAUCCUCUCAUCCCACAAAAAGGCGUUCCUGGAGAUUCCCCGCAGGGCCGCGGAGUCCAUGGUGAAGUUCUACGGCUGCUUCCCCAUGUGCCUGGAGGGGAACCAGCUCCGCAUCCGGCACGAGCCCCGGCACCAAUCCCUGCAGGACGAG